AUGGACUUAUUUAUUCGUGUUGGACGUUUGCUGCCUUCUAGCGUUAAAGUACAAGUUAUAGUUUCGCCAGUCGAUUCGAGAUUGCCAAAGAUUUUACAAACUGAUCUGAAUUUGUGUGAAUUAUUGGGAAAGUCUCGAGUUCGUAAUGCUGGAUUUUUGAGCCCUUGGUUGAGAAAGAUAUUGCAUAAAAAUGUUUUUCCCCAAGGUUGUCCAAUCAGAGAGGGCAAUUAUUCAUGGAGAAACUUAAAUCUGGACGAUUUGACAAUACCUUCUUUCAUUCCCAAUAGCAAAUAUGAUGUUAAUGCUCUUGCUUAUUUUGGAGAUAAGUCUUUUCAAACACCUGUUUGCAAUCUUUCAUUACAAGUGAAAAUCGAAUAA